AAAGACACCAUAUGUAUUCUUUGAGUUAUCCUUAGCACAAUGGUUGAAUUAUUUCGUUUAUUUCGUCUUGUUAGAAGACUGAUUCCAAUUAUCUCUAUCCUGAAUUCCAACUUUGGAUGGGAAGUCUUCUAGUCUCACCAUUAGGAUUUGGAGGAUUCCUAUUCCUACCUCUUGGGGAAGUUUAAGGUUUGAGCUUAUCCGUAGAACGUUUGAGACAUUAAUUCAUCUCUAUCUCUGUUUUCAACCAUGUUUGUCCCUUUUCUUCGACAAGCAUUAUCUAUAUUUGUCAAUGCUGUGAUUUAUUGUCAGUUCUGCAAGUGCACUUAUUGCAAUUGGAGUUGAUGAGACGUAAUUUUAUUCUUUACCAUACUUAAAAGAAGUGCUUCACCUCGCCUUGCCUUGCUGCAUCGUGCCCUUCAUUACAAUACCAUUUGUUCGUGGACAUGCCAAGGAGGCGAGGCUAUGUAGUCACCCUUCCCCAAAAUCUCCUUUGCCUUUGAAUUUACACGUAAAACAACUUAUGCAAACAUUAAUAUGGCAGGUUGUGGAAGACCAUGGGAUUUUUCGGCGCCUGCGAGUUCGUGGAUGGAAAUUGCUGGGAGACAUUGCAUUCGUCUCAAUGGCGCACUGAAGAAGGACGGAGAUUGCAUCAGCCAAUAUCAUCCAUUUCAUAUGGAAGGAAGCGUAACCACAACCUUGGUAAGCAAUGGAUGUGUGGACUUCAAGGGAAAAAUUGCUGACAAGCAAACAACAGGAGGAUGGAAGGCCGCACCAUUUAUCAUAGUGAAUGAGGUGGCCGAGAGGCUGGCAUUUUUUGCAAUUGCGGUGAACAUGGUGCGUUAUUUGGUAUACGAGAUGCGACAGUCGCUGCCGACAGCGGCGACUCAUGUGACGAAUUGGAUCGGAGCUUCUUACGUCCUCACACUAUUUGGAGCCUUUAUAGCCGAUGCUUAUUUGGGCCGCUUCAAAACCAUCAUCACUUUCUCUUGUAUCUAUGCUGUGGUAUGAAAGCCCAUUUCCACUUUCAUCUUGGAUUUUCAUCAACCUGGUUAGGCCCA